GGCGACAACAACAACAUCGCGCUCGAGAAGAACAACGAUUCUAUUUGUUUAAGAGGAGAGCAGAGUUUGGCGAUUCAAUUUAAGCUCGUCAAUAAUCUGGAGCGCAUCAAUCUGGAUCGAGCGAAUAGUCUCACCGGAACCGGAACCAUGCCGGACGCGAGAGGGGGUAACGCUGCUGCUGCUAAACCCACGGUGAAGGAUUUCUUGUUCGGGAAAGUCAUUGGUGAAGGAUCGUUUUCAACAGUCUACCUCACGAAAGAGCUCAAAUCCAAUGAGGAAUACGCAAUCAAAGUUUGCGAAAAACUUCACAUAUUGAGAGAAAACAAAAAACCGGCCGUACUCCGCGAAAAACAUAUCUUGUCGCAAUUGGUGAAAAAGCCAUCGCCACUCGUGGUCCAACUGAAAUGCUCGUUCCAAGACGAAGAUCGUUUGUAUUUCGUGAUCACCUACGCUAAAAACGGCGACUUGUUGAAAUAUAUCCACAAAGUGGGUAAUUUCAAUAUGGAUUGUACGAGAUUCUACUCGGGCGAAAUCAUGUGCGCCCUGAAAUAUCUGCAUCAAGCCGGAGUUGUGCACAGGGAUUUAAAACCGGAGAACAUUCUGAUGACCGACAAAAUGCACAUCAUGCUCACAGAUUUCGGCAGCGCUCGUAUUUUACCAGCAUCACAGAGUCAUAAAAAAAGGAAUUCAUUCGUCGGAACCGCUCAAUACGUAAGCCCGGAAGUGUUGACGGACGGGCCUAUCUCGCCGGCUAUGGAUCUCUGGGCCCUGGGCUGCAUUAUUUAUCAGAUGGUUUCCGGCCUACCCCCAUUUCGAUCUCUGCAGCGAACGAUGAGGUACGCAGGAGCCGAUUACGCAAUCUUCCAAAGUAUUCUGAAGUUGGAAUACAAUUUUCCUGAUGAUUUUGAUCUCGAAGCGAAACGCUUGGUGGAACUCCUACUCAAACUCGAACCUAAGGAGCGAGCGACGAUCGCAGACCUCCAAAGAGAUCCAUUUUAUGCUCAAUUGGACAUUGAUAAUAUUCACCUCCAAGAACCACCUCAAAUAGUACCAUUCCUACCGGGAACCGAAGAAACGAAUUGGGAUCUCGUCUCCAUGCCAGGAUUAGAUGAGCGACAAAUCAGCAGAUUAUUGGGCUUGCGGUUGGGCGAAAGUAAUUCGCCAGAAAAUGCGACCCCGAGCACAGCUGAGUCCUCGAAACCAGUGAUACGGAACGGAGUCAUGGAUUUCACCCCAGAAGACGAAGAAAGCAGACUGACGGAACAGAGAUGCAAGAGCGAGUGGCAUCGAUUCGUGGAAGGGAAUCUCAUCCUAAAGAAAGGGAUGGUCGAUAAGAAGAAAGGUCUUUUCCCCAGAAGGCGGAUGCUGUUACUCACCACGGGCCCUCACCUCUACUACGUAGAUCCCGAGAAAAUGGUGCGGAAAGGUGAAAUACCCUGGUCGCCAGCACUGAAUCCAGAACCGAAGAACUUCAAGACGUUCUUCGUUCAUACGCCCAACCGCACGUACAAUUUGGAGGAUCCGGAGGGCUACGCUCUCCGCUGGUGCAAAGCUAUCAACGAAGUCUACGAGUUCUACUACGGACAGAGGAAAUAACAUCCCGGAAAUGCCUGCGGCUCCGCGGCUGCUGUGCGGAGUGAAGCACGGACAGAGGACACUUAUUGCCUGAAAAAAAGCUAUCAGAGUGGAGUAGGACUCCUAAACACAAAAAACAAUCAUUCUGCUCCCGACUCGAAUCGCAUUGUUCCCCAGCUUCGAGAUUGCGGGUGACGAUAAUUGUUUGAGACCGCUCCGUCUGGCAGUUUGAAUAGUGAUUAUUAAUUAUACCUCCUGCAUACAACCAAACAGAGCGAGGGGACGUCAGAGUACCAUUAUAUUAUUAAGAAAGAGAUCAUCACUCAGAUCGAUAUCAUCGCGACUCAUGUUGCCUACGUUGCGCCGAAACGUAAAGACUCGCACAUAACUCGUUUUGUUGACUACCCUUAAUUUAAUAUGCGUAAAUGACAGAACAGUCGUUGAUGUAGGAAAACUCGUUUCUUGUUGCUCGAGCACGUUGUGAGAGAAGGAAAAUUUGGAUUCAUAGACGGAUCGAUUCAUCGACUGACUGACUGAUUGAAUUAUUGACUGAAUGACUGACUUACCGAGAGGCUGACUGAUAGAUUCAUUGACUGAUUGAUUUAUUGAAUGACUGGCUGGAGUGAUGGUUGUUCAGGA